AACUGUCAUUUUGACAAUGCCACAGAAGCACUACUGAUUCAAACGAUAUUAAUAAGGUUAUUGAAAGUAAAUUACUUUUAAUCGCUUUCAAAGCAUAUUAUUCAAUUAAAAUGCAAUGUUUAUGGUUCUAUAACUCAAAACCUACCUGAAUUAUUUGAUACUUCAUCAUAAAUAAUUGUGAAAAGGUUCCAAAAUGGUAAAAAUAAGGAGCCUUACAAGAACUUCUAGAAUUGUAGCAUUAUGUAGCGCUGCGAAUUUUAUAAAUAGCGCUGAUAGAGUUAUAAUGCCUAUAGCGAUAGUCCCUAUGACUGAUAUUUUUCAGUGGUCUAUGCAUGCUCAGGGGUGGAUCUUAUCAGCAUUUGCUGGGGGAUAUCUAACGAGUCAAUUAUUAGGUAGUUUUUGGGUGAAUAGACUUGGAGCUAAGAAUAUUCUUAUAUGUAGUGUCCUUCUCUGGAGUAUAGCAACAUUUGUUACUCCAUUUUUAGCAAGUAGUAUAACAUCACUUGUUAUAUGUCGGAAAAUUUUAGGAUUUGCCGAGGGAUUAGGUUUGCCAACCAUAUUUCAUCUAUUUGCUCACAGUAUACCAGUUGAAGAACGUUCGAGAGCAUUCAGUUAUCUUUUAGCUUCUGGCUCUGUUGGUCAAACUGUGGCCUCAAUAAUAUGUCCUCAUUUGAGUUGGGAAGCCUGUUUUUAUUGGUUUGGAUCCCUUGGAUUCUUGUGGGUGCUCCUCUGGUUCAUGUUAUAUCCUGAAGGUGCCUUUCUUGGAGAAGAUACCAUUCCUUUGCACAUGCCCAAAGUGGUUUCUAGGAGUACACGUUGGACUGAUUUUAUUCUUAGCCGGCCCUUAUGGGCAAUCUAUGUAGCGCAUUUUGCAAUGAACUGGUCAUCUUACAUUAUAAUGCAGUGGCUUCCGACUUAUCUCACUCGUUAUUUGGGUGGUGAUGCUCACAGUUUGAGUUUGACUGCUGUUCCUUACAUUGUCAACUCUAUAGUUGGCAUCAUAUGUGGUCAUUUAGCAGACGGGCUGCUUCAGAAUAAAGGUUGGUCAAUUUUGAAUGUAAGACGUCUGAUGACUUGUAUAGGUCUCAUUGGACCAGCACUUUUCCUGGCAAUAUUCUGUGUAGUGGAUCACUUAGCUCUAGCACUAUUCUUUGUCAGCAUAUCUAUGGGGCUUUCAGCCUCAAAUAGUGCUGGACACUUGAGCAACCAUGUGGAUAUUGCUCCUAACCAUGCUGGAACUACCUUUGCCAUUAGCAAUACUAUUGCAACCAUUCCAGGUGUGUUAUGUGGUCCUGUUACAGCAUCUUUAGUGACUGCUUCUGGGGGAAAGUGGAUGAGUGUAUUUUUGGGAGCCACAUUAAUUAAUAUAGUUGGCGCUUUUAUUUAUUUCACAAAUAGUAUGGCAACUCAGGUUUUGUAAUCUUUCCUUGAGUUUUUCUCAUGACAGUUUAGCCAAUAUUAUCUAUUGGAUAUUCAUUAGUAAAAUCACUGCAUAUUAUAAUUUUGAACUUCUUACACAUUUUGUUUUGCUCACCUAACUUUUGUGAAGUACAGAAAAAACUGUUAUUACUAAAAAUUUAGGCAGUUAAAAUUAUUUCAAAUUAUAGAAGAGACAAAUAAAAUUUUAUAUAAAAGCCUGAGAGAAGUGAUCAAGUUCAUGGAUUUAACUUUAUUCUUUGAUAUUUUAGACAUGUUUUAAGAGUUAUUUAUUGAAACAGGUUAAAAACUCUCGAGGUAAAGAAGUAUGCUGAAAAAACAAAAUGUGUUUAUGAACAAAAAAUAUAAGUGGAAAGUUGGAGUUUCUUGAAGAGGAAUUUAUUGCCAUAAUAUCUAUCGAAAUUGUUCCAUUUGAGUUAAAUAUUCGUUAAUAUUGUAUGAAAUUAAAGCUGGUUUAGAAGAAACAAAAAAAUGUCUACAUUACAAUAAGUGAACAAUUGAAUUGAAUUAUAAACUACAGUACAAUAAUUUGUUGAAAUAAUGGAUAUUUUCAUUGUAAAACUGAAAUUAUAUUUUUAAUUUAAACUCAUUUUAGCCACCCCAGUUAUUUGAAAUAUCAAUCCAUGUGAUACUUAACUGAAACAGAGGUGUUUGAUACAAACUGUAAAUAUGAUUUUAAAGUAAAACAAAGAUGUAAAUAAUAAAUGAAAAUAAUUGAAUUAAAGAUAAACAAUU